CAUAACUAACACUUCGCCGCCAUUACAGGUGUACACAGUGACGUAAUGAUUAAGUUCUGAGACGGCGGAAAUUCACAGGUGUCGGGAAAAUUACACGCAGUGGAACCGCAGAUGAAAAUACAGGCCAAAAGAAAAACCAGUUGAAACCGGACAACCACUCCCGGCUCUUCUCAUUUGCAUUCAAGACAGAUUUGCAUUUAAAGAGGUCUAGAUGCACAAGCUACAAGCACUGCUUUUCUGUCUGGUCAUGGCCUGCGUUAGAUGUCAGUUUCCGGUUCCGUUUGGCAUGAUGGGAACAGGGUUUCCGUUACCUCCCACUUUAGAUCAGACAGGUACCGGGUUCCCACUACCACCCACUGUAGAUCAGUCGUCUGUACCGAUGGUGAGAGGAAAAACUUUGAUGGAGGCAUUGAAGGAGGAGAAACAACCGUCGGUUUUUAUGAAUGCUUUCAAAAGGGAAAUUCUCAAAAAUUUUAUGAUAGAUCAAAUAAAUAUAUCUAGCUGCACAGUUCCACUGGAUAAUCUAGCAACUUUGAUGGGAAUGUCGAAAAACCCUUUCCGCUUCUUUGUCACGAACGAGUUAUGUGAAGAAUUUAUGUUCCGACUAAUUGUGCCGGGUGCCAAGGCAAUUCUCACAGGAUAAUCCACAAC